UGUAAAAAUCAAUAAAGCUACACCUUGGAUACAAGACUGAACUAAUUCGUGUUUGAACGAACAUAUGAUAUCGUUCUCAUUCAGUCCUUACGCGUUAAGCAAAGGCGUAACGACAAUAUGUCGGGCGAAGGCGAAAUUGUCAGUGAAUCUGUUCCUUCCGAGGAUUUAGUGCCGGGUAAUGGAAACGACAAAUCAUUACAACAAAUUAUUACUGGUGUAGUGGAAAAUUUAAUGACAGAAAAAUUUGCGGACUUUAAGAACGAAAUAAAUGAUAGUGUGCAGGCAACAAUAAAUAAGUCACUGGCAGAGUUUCGCGCUCAGGAUACGCCAGCGAGACAAGAAAGCGUAUUACACUCACGUGAGGAAAACGUACAUCCAAAGACAGAUGUUGCGGGGACUUCUCCAAAGGAUAAACAAUCAUACUUACGACAGAGUGCAGAUGAUGAAUUACAAAGCACUACAACAAUGACUGGGGGAAAAGAAAUAGGUUCCGGGGAUCUAAACGCAGCAGAUGCAGAAAGGGGCAGUGACAGAAGUAGUCAAGAACUUGCGGAACAAGAUGUGAACCCAGAGUCGCUAUUGACUAAAAAGCUGAAGGACAUGAAACACGAACUCAUGCAGGAACUCCGCACUGAAAUGCAAACGGUUAUAUACGAAACGCUACAUGGAUAUCGGGUUGAAGGGAAGAUAAUUGAUAAUGGAAGUGGUGAACAAACAGAUAAUGAAAGUGAUGAUAACCUUGACAUGGAAAAAGGUACCAGUGAGGCUGAUACCACUGUAGAGAAGAUACAGUUUUGGCGAAAAAUGGCAAAAGAUGAAAAUAAAUCGGCUAGAGAAACUGAUCUCAGAUCUUCAUUCGGAAUACAUACCGUCAUUUGCCUCGAUACUUCUGAAAGUAUGAAGGAUCCAAAAGCUUGGACUCACGCAAGACAAUUCUACAUGGAGUAUCUAAACGGACUCCAACUUUUAAGUGAUGACGAUAAAACCCUCGACAAGGUAGCGCUAGUGGUAUUCGGAAAGGUCACGAAAGUUUGUCGGAGAUUUACCACAGAUUUUGAUGGUCUAAAGGCUGAAUUUGACAAUCUCAAACCAGAUGGCCCCAGCCCAAUGUUUGGUGGAUUGGUUUUAUCAAAAGCUGUAGCAGAAACAUCAGACAAGCGGUAUCCUAAUGCUGAUGUAGAAAUCUGGCCAAAGAUAAUAUUGAUAACAGAUGGGAGACCAACAGAUGUAAAUAACAUUGAUGGUGCAGAGGCAAGUGUUGCGGAUAAUUCCCCAAAGACAAAGAGACUUAUCUACAAUGAAGUUAAGCGCCUUAAAGAUGCAAGGAUAGAACUGCAUAUUGUUUAUGUUGGAGCAGCAGACUUUGAAUUUCUACAUAUGUUGCGGGAAUGUAUAGACGGCAGUAUGCUGCCAUAUACCGAUGGGGAGAAAAUGGCACAUUGUCAUUUAAUAAAGAUUAUUGCGAAACGGAUCACAGAAUCUAAAAAACGGAAAACAGCAGGCGGUUCAGAAGAUGAAAAAAAGUCUGCACUUGACGAGAUUCUACAGCCACUUCGGGAAAGCAUGGAAGAGGACUUGAAAAAACUAGUUGAAUUAAAAGUUGAAUUAAAAGAGCACAUGGAAAAUCUACUGAAGGAGAGAAAACAUGAUAUGUACAAAAUGUCGGAUGACAAAAGGUACCCACGUAUAGGCGAGAGGGUACGACGUGGGAGGAACUGGAACUGGGGUGACCAGGAUGGAAAUGGAGUAGGCACGAUAGUUGGACAUCAUCUUAAAGAUGCUGAAGAAAGGAAGCAACUUUGGGUCUGGGUAGAAUGGGAUGAAAAUGAAGAUAUCAAUGUCUAUAGAUAUCAACAUGGUAGUGGAAUGAAAUCUGAUGUGAAAAUUGUUCAAGAAGAGCGACUUCCACCUGAAAAUGGCCUAAUUGCAGUUGGAAUGAAAGUUGGUCCAGGAAAGGAUUUUGAAGAAGACAAACCUCAACCAUGCCAAGGAGUCGUUAUAAGACUUAUUGUCUCAUCUGAUAGUGAUGCCAGAUCAAAAGCGGAGGUGAUGUGGACUGAUGGAACAAGGGGUCAAUACUAUUUCGGAGAAGGAGGGACAAAAGUAGAAAUUGAACCAAGAACCGUUUUUGGCAAACCGGACAAACCACGGAAUCUAGAGAUUGUAAGUGUAUCAGACAAGGCUGUUCGUUUGAAAUGGGAAAAACCUGCGAAUUCUGGUGGUUGUAGCAUACUGAAAUACUCCGUUUUUAGAAAAACAGACAAUGAAAACAGCGACUGGUUACAAACUGUUGAUGUUGAUGGAAGUCAGACAUCAGCAACAGUUUCUGUCUUGCUUCCGAAAGAAAACUACAAAUUUGCUGUUAGGGCAGAAAAUAAAGAGGGAUUUGGAAUGUUGACAGAAACUAAAGAACCUUUCACGCUGGAGCUGAAAGUCAAUAGACCACAGCCUCCAGCCGGUCCAGUACGCUUCUCUAAAAUUACAAAAAGCAGUUGCACCAUGUCUUGGAAGGAACGUCAAGCGUUUCAGGAGAGCACGGUUGCACCUGUCAGCCGCUACAUCCUUGAAUAUCGUCCAGCGAAUGAUCGAUGGAAUUCUAUCGAUGUUGGACUUGCCACUACAUAUAAGAUAUGUAACCUGAAGAAAUCCACACGGUAUGAAGUUCAAGUUAAGGCUGUGAAUGAAAGCGGGGAGUCUGAACCUCUUGAGAUGCACACGUUCUAUACAAUGACCCUGUUAGAUGAUGAUAUUCCAGAUGCUGAGUUACAUCCAAAAGAUAUAGCAGAGUUAUCGCAAGGAAUUGGGAAUACUUGGCCAAUACUGGGAGCCUACUUUGACAGAACUAAUGUUGAAAUUCAACGCAUCAAGGAAGAUAACAACUUAAGUGUUGCGAUGCAAAUAAACACUAUGCUCUUAAGUUGGAAAGCAGACAGAGGUGCAGAUGCAACAAUGCACAAAUUUUUGGAAAUUAUUGAAAAAUUUAAAGCAACUGUUAAUGUAGAUUGGCCUAUAAUUGAGCAAGUCACCAGGCGAUUCCAAAAUGAAGCUUAGUGGAUGUUUCUAAGAGAAACAUAGACAUUUCAUUCAGAUCGAUAAAACAUUAUCCGAAAUGAAUUGAAAUGGCGAAAAGUUAAACCACUGUGAAAGAAAGCCUAAAUCGUAAAGUUCAUAUAAUGUACAGGUGCGCCUCAAAAUUUAAGGUAUUAGGCCUAUAGUAGAGUAUCUCCAUUUUGAAGAGUAUUCAAUUCCUACCAUAAACCUACUUUG